CUGAGACUGAUUGAAUUUUGUGAUUUAAACUUAAUUUUAAAACGAACAAGCACACCUAUAGACAUGCCGAAGGUCGUAUCCCGUAGUGUUGUUUGCACAGACACUAAGGAUCAGGAGGAAUACCAGGGAGAAAAACCACUGAAUGUAUAUUACUGUCUGUGCGGACAGAUGAGCCUGAUCCUUGACUGUCCUGUGGAGAAACUUCCACUAAGAAGAAGGGAUAAUGCAAGGGUAAUAGAUGGCCACAAGCAUGCCCACAAGCUGACCUGUGAUAAUGACGAGGUGAUUCAUUUGAAGAGACCUGAGGGUAUUGAAAGACAAUAUAGAAAAAAAUGUAAAAGGUGCGGCCUAUGGAUCUUCUAUCAGCACACAGAGAAAGGCAGUAAUGUCACCUUCAUAGUGGACGGUGCAUUAAAGAAAGAAGUGGAGGGAAUCAAGGCAGAUGUUUACAGUCAGAUAACACAGCCAAAGAAGGUCACUCUAACAAAGCACACGAAAAAUAUGGGUAAAUUUAGCUCUGUCACUGUGUCCACAGUAGAUGAGGAGGAAGAAGAAAUAGAGGCAAAAGAAAUAGCAGAUUCAUAUGCAGCAAAUGCAAAAGUAAUUGAAAAACAACUGUUCAGGAAGGGAAUGGCUAAGAGGAAGUUUGCAGAGCAGACUGACGAAGCAAUGAAGAAACGUGUCAAAGGAACGCUUAUAGACAAGUGAUGAGAUCAUGCUGACUGAGAAUUUCCGGUUAUCAAGCUAGACCAGAAAAGAGGCUGUGAUCUGUUCAAGCCAGUUCACUGCUGUCUGGUCAAUAUGUGUGAAAAUAUGUGAUUAAGAGGAUGAUGGGACAGGCAACUUGACUACUGUAUACUGAGUGCCAUCUAUGGUUAUCUUUUAGAAAAAAUGUCCAUGUCAUUUUUUUACAUAUGCACUUUUAAGAUACAUAAAAAAAGAUGGAUUUUUGUAUUUGGCUUUGAAAAUGAAGAUUAAGUGGUAAAAGUGUUGAAUUUUUAGAAAUAUAAGACUGUCUGUAAAAUUGAACAGUUGCACUAGAGGAUAUCUGUGUAAAUGGUGACCAUAAACAAAAGCAAGCACAUUGGGAAGUGUCCUGUGUUAAAAUGAAUUGUUCUUGCAGUGUCUUCCUUGAGGAUAAAGCCAAAUUAUCAGUCCUAAAUGUGUGUUACAGCAUAUAAGUAACAUUACAUAGCUUAUACUGAAAA